UGUGAUCAGUCCACCAUGGUGUCUUCACAGCUUCUUCCUGUCCUGCUGCUCUUCAUUAUGAAGAAUGCUGCCAGCAUUAAUUCUACAGAUGGACCCAUAGCAAAAACUCAGUUUGGUCCAGUCAAAGGGAUCUAUGCUGAUGAAGCAGCUAUCUUCUUUGGGCUGCCCUUUGGCAUGCCACCAGUAGGACAAAUGCGCUGGAAACCACCACAGCCGUUCCACACUAGCUGGGCACCCAGCACUUAUGAUGCAACCUUUCCCAGGCCAGGCUGCUACCAGUAUGACAGUUUCCACUUACCUGACCUGGAGGAGAAGCAUGGCUGUCCACGGGAUAACAAGUUCAGCGAAGACUGCCUACACCUCAACAUUUUCACCCCCCUCCCCUUCAACCCUUCAGAAAAGUUACCGGUGGCUAUUUGGCUACCAGGGAAACGGUAUGUCUAUGGCUCAGCUACAAACUUGUUUCUUGAAGGAAGAUUUCUGGCCAACAAAACAAGAUCUGUCAUAGUUACCACUAACUACAGGCUUGGGGCUCUGGGCUUUCUGGUAGCUGGGGAGGGUGAGGGAGCGGCUACAGGGAACUAUGGAACACUGGAUCAGAUAGCUGCCAUGCAAUGGGUCCAGAGUAACAUAGAAGGAUUUGGGGGAGACAAAGACCAGGUCACCAUCAUGGGGCAAAGUUCAGGCGCAGAUUCUGUGGCUCUCCAUCUCAUGGCAGAAAAUACUGAACACCUCUUCAAACAAGCCAUCAUGAUGAGUAUCCCCUUCAUUUCUCACAAAACACUUUCUGAGGCUCUGCAGCUCAGCAAGGUUGUAACUGAACUUCUGAACUGCACCACUGGCAACAUGACAUGUUUGCGUGCUGUCAAACCUCUUGACAUCAUGGCUGCACAGAAAAAGACAAUACCUGCUGUUCCAUACCACCUCAUAGAGGAGUAUGUGGAGUGGGGUCCCUAUGUAGAUGGCAACAUAGUCAAGACCUCAAACCUUCAGGACAUGUUCUUACAGGGCAAGUUUCAGAAGAAGCCCUUUAUCCUUGGCACUACCACUGAUGAGGGCUUUCUUCUUGUCUACGAAUCAUGGUUCCCAAGAAACAUAACUAAAAGCCAGUAUGAACAGAUCAUUCAGACCCUCUUUCGAGGGAAAGCACAAUUAGUCCUGAAAGAGUACCCCCCUGCAAUGUCAGGUUCUGAGAACCCAAUUCUGUCACGUACUGCCACAGAUUUCAUUUAUGCCUGUCCUGCACGGAGGGUGAUCCGAUCUGCCACUCACUUUGACCUGUCAGAUGUGUGGCUUUACCAUUUUGACCAAAUCACGGAGUCCAAGGGUGUGAACCUGUGGGGAUCUGACUUUGAGUGUUACAAUCGCGCCUGUCAUGGCUCCGAUGUCCCGUAUCUCUUCCAAACCCUGAAGCUAGCCGGACUGAACGUGACUGAUGAAGAACAGAGCACAGCCGACUCCAUGGCCUACUACUUUGGAAACUUCCUCCACACCGGAGAUCCCAACAACUCAGGAUGGCGAGUUUCCUCCCAGCACCAGGCCCAUCCACAACAGUCUGGUGAUGUCAUCAACUGGCCAAAGUACAACAAGCUCAACAACUACGUCAACAUGAAGUUCACGGCACCAACUAAUCAACUGGAACAAGGAUACCUAGCUGAGAAGUGUGAUUUCUGGGACAAAAUGAAAUAAACAGCGAUAAAGCUCCUAAGAAUAAGUAAAAACGAAAGGGUAAAUAAUGAUGAUUAUAUUCAAAAAUAGAUUUUAUCAAUGACAACAAGGUUCAUUUUAAAAAAUAAAGGCUACUCUUGCUAAUCUAACCACUGAAAUGUGAUAUAAUUACUAGAAUACUGCAGUCAAUUUGAUGAUUUACAUAAUCUUUAGAAGAUGAAGUCUGUAGCAAGUACAAAUAAAACUGAUGCAAUUUUAGAUAUUUAAGCUGUGA